CUUUUCAUUUUUGUAGAUACCACGGACUAACCUCAUACCCAUAGCCAAUACCACCCACAACCAAGACUGUUUCUGCCAUCAGUCACCCACGUCCGGAUCAUUACCCGCCAUUGCUAGUGCUGCCACUAUCCACUAUAAAUCUCAUACAAAUAGUGCUCGGUGCUAAAAUUUCACAUAGUUAAUCAGAAUCAAUCCUCACCGUUGACCCCACUUCACCACAUCUCCACCCAAACACCCCACCACAUCUUCUACUUUCUACAGCAGAUAUUGCCACCACUAUAGACAUCGUAUCGCUUAUCUUGCUGCCAUGAACAACAUGCAACAGCCCCAACAGGGCAUGAGCACCUGGCAUCUGAUGUAUGCCGUGGCCGAACGUGAAAAAGUGGUCCAGUUUCUUACCAAUGCUUUGCGUGAGAUGCAAGGAGUUAACUACGAUCCACAGAGAGGUGCUGCUAUAGCCAGGGAGUUCGAGAAAUACACCUUCAUGAGAUCUUCGUCCCGCGACGAGUACCUUCGUCUUAUCAAACAGAAGAUCGAACAGCUCCGCUCGUCGGUCCGAGGCGUGCCCGGACGUCCACAACAACAACAGCAACAAGCUCAGCAGCAGCAGCAACAGCAGCAACAGCAACAGCAACAGUUACCUCGUCAACAAUUGCCUCAACAGAAUAUCCCCGGUGCUGGAAAUGUAGCUCGUAACCAGAACCAACCCAUGAAUGCCCAGAACCUCAACUUCCUUCAGCAGCAGGCUCAAGCAAGACAACAGCUGGCAGCUCAGAUCCAGGCCCAGAUGCGUGGCAACAAUAUGGGUCAGCCUAAUGGCCAGCUACCACAGCCUAAUGGACAACAGUCACAUCAGCAGAACCAGAGUCAGAAUCAAACUCAACAGCAGAAUCAACAACAACGACAGCAGCAACAACAACAACAACAACAACUGAACCAAGUGCAACAGCCAGCUGGAGCCAAUACCCCUGCCAAUCUCCAGCAGAUCCAGCAGAUCGUCAAGAAUUCCCCGAUCCCAAACGCGUUGUUGGCCAAAAUCCCCAAUCUUCCUCCAGGAGUCUCUACGUGGAACCAGGUAUUCGACUGUUUGCAAAAGAAGAUCAUUCCAAAUUCGGCUGUUUCCAUCAUCAAGGAUAUACACAACACACAUAUCCACUUGGUAUAUCGACAGCAGCAACAACAGAAGAUCAACCAGAUGCAAAACCAGCAGAGAAAUCAGAACCAACAGUCACAGGUGUCCCAGAUUCCGCCACAGAGACAACAGCAGCAACAGCAACCUCAACAAGUUAUGGGCGCAAGCAUGAGUCCCAACAUGGGCAAUGCGAACCCCAAUAAUGCUCCUAACAAUGCGAGACAACAGGCUCAGCAGCAACAGCAAGCUCAACAGCAGCAACAACAGCAGAGAAAUGCUAUGGCGAAUGGACCUCAAAUGAUGCAACAACCACAGCAGACUCCGUUGCCUGCUCCUAUGCAACUGUCUCCAUUACAGGGACAUCAACAACCAAUGCAAAGUCAACAGGCUCAGCAGCAACAGCAACAGAACCAGCCUAAAGCACCUGAUUUCCCUAUCACUCCUCAGGAUAUCAUGAAGUACAGUCCAGCCGCGAUGACAUUAUUGAGUCGUUUACGCUCCAAUAACACAAUUGUGAGUGAUCUUGACCAGAGCCAGAAGGAGAGCUUUAUUAGACGGUAUAUCCAGCACCAGAAGGCUCAACAAUGGAAAAAUGAGAUGGCAAUGAGAAACAACAGUAAUAACAGCAGUAAUGCAGGCACGGCAAUGAAUGUAGGUGGUUCAGCUAAUAACGGUAGUAAUUUCGCAGCUGUUCCACAGAACCGCCUUCAGCAGCAACAGAACCAGAUGAAACAGCAACAGCCCCCAGCUGCGCCAAUUCUGGAAGUUCCACCUCAGAUUCCGCAGCAGCUGCCUUUAAUAGGCAACAUGCCUGUGAAUCAAGCACAAAUGAUGAAGCCUCAAUCGCAACCACAGCCGCAAAUGAACCCGAUGUCUUCUCCUGUGUUGAACCAGAGACCAGCUUCAAGUAUGCAAAUGAAUAAUGUUAAUGCUUCCUUUGCUAACAAUGGUCCAAACAACUUGAAUACUGUCAGCCAGCAGCCUCAACAGCAGCAGCAGUCUCAGCAGCAGGCAACACAGGCACUGCAACAACAGAGCGCUGCUGCCUUCUUACCACCAUUAACUGAUGAAAUGAAACAGAGAUUAAAACUGUUGAUAGACGAAGUAUCGAAAGACAAUGUGGUAUUGAAGGAUGUUUCUGCUUUGCUUUCUCCAGAGGAUAAGAGCACCGUUCGUGAGAGCAUGAUCAAGAUCUCGAGACACUUUGCCAACGUAGAUAGUAUCAUCAGUUACUACUUCCUUCUCACCAGCGACGCCAAUGGUACGAAGAGGUUGAUACAAAUGAAAUACAUGACCAAGAACAUCAUGGAUAACCUCCAUAGAGGCAUCUACUUGGCUGGACCAGAUUUGAUCGAAAAGUUGAACUCACAAUAUGAGAGACACUUUGGCUACGUCAAGCAGCAGUUUGCUAUAAGAAGACAGCAGAUGCAAAGACUGCAGCAGGGCAAUCAACAGGCUCCGCAGCCUCCAGCUCAGGCAAUUAAUCGCCAGGCUCAAUUCCCUCAACCGCAACAACCAAUUGCACAACCCCAACCGGCCAAUCUUGGUCCUGCUAACAAUUGGCCCAACGUAGGACUUCCACCUUCACAGGGUUCGAAUGGUCAACAAAGAGGCGCUAUCAGCAGUAGUCCAUUGAUGCCACAGAGUGCCUCUCCAAUGAUGGCUAAUAAUUUGAAACAAACUCCAAAGCAGAUUCCUCCACCGGUAAAGAAACCACUGACGAGUGCAGUGAGAAGAAAGGGUUCUACCAAGGGUCUGGUGAAUGGUACUAGCAUUCCUACUCCUGCGGGUACCGCAGCUACACCAGGCAGUUUGGCUAAUUCCAUCAAGACUCCAAAUAGUAUCCCAACUCCACAUCCUGCCACUCACAGUAACAAGAACACCCCAACAGGGCAAUCACCUAAUUAUCCAGUUAAGAAUACUCCAACGGGUAGUGGAGCUCCUGCAACUGAUGCUGAUAUUUUCAUCAACACUAAGGAUGACUCGAAACUGGCCAAGAGAAGAGAUUUGUCCAAUUCCGAUCCAGAAAAGUUCUUCUAUGCUUCGUUGGCUAACUUGCUUGAGCUCGAGGACUCGUUCGUUGACAUCAAGGACGCGACGUUACCCAGAACACCUACAUUGGUCAACGGUAAACCGACAGCCAAGUCUCCAUUGUCACCAGCUAUUCACGGUGGUGAAUGGACUUGUGAGAUCAAGCCAAAUGCGAUCACUUCUGCAUUCAGGCAGGUAGACAGUAUCAAGGAAUUGGUGUCGAACGACAUCAUAGAGAGGUGUACCAACUUGGCCAUAGAAGAAUCAGACAGAAGAAAUGUCAAUGGCGAAGUGAAUGGCAUUGAGGGUUCUUCUAACGGUGGUAUCAAGAGAAGCAGCGAAGACGACGACUUGGAGAACUUGUUUGUGGAAAAGAAAGCCAGAACCGCUGAAGAAGAUUACAAGUAUGUUUAUGAGCCAGUUUCGUUUGACGAGUGGAAGCAGUUUGUGGUAUCCAGUAUACAAUAAUGAGAUUUACAAAAGGGCAUUUUGUUUUAGCAAUAUGUCAUAUACUUUUCUUUAGUUCAAAAUUUCCUUGGUUAUUUUAGUAUUACUAUUUGUUCGCUUUUAAUAUUGUUAUUUAAUAGUACGUUUCUUACAG